CCGGAAACCUGGAGCGUUUAUAGCAACCGAGCAGGGAGAGAGGACUGCCCAGGAGAGAAAUGAGAGAUGGUAUAGCGCUAUGGACCGGUAUUGAGCCCACGCCAGGCGAUAGUGAACCAAAAUAACAAGGUGCAGCCGACCCUGGGGACAUUUCCAGGAGAGCAGCUCUGUUUGCACCUCAUUGCCGUGGUGUCGUGAUGCUCGUCGGUCGCGUAGUGUAAUUGAUGAUUGAUGAAGUUUUGACACGGCUGCCGCCGUUUUCGGGGGAUAGGAAAGAGUUUAAGGCCGCCGAAGGCAUCAUCCCCGAACAAAAUCCUAUGAAUCGAUGAGGAAACACUUUGAUUCUCUUUAAGAAUAAUUUUAAUGCGGUUAUUCCGGGAGGAGUAAUUCACCAGAGGCCGAGGAACGCGAGGCGCUUAUUAAAUUGUCUGCGCGGAGUUACAGCUUCAGCUGAAAAUGUUGCCGACUGAAUGCAGGUAGUGCUCGAGUGAUUCCAAGACCCAGCCCUGAGUAGUGGAAGCUGUCUCAACCCCUGACCCCUGACCCCUGACCGGAGCACUUUCAGCUGCAGCCAUGCUGGAGGAGGACAUGGAGGUGGCCAUCAAGGUGGUGGUGGUGGGGAAUGGAGCUGUAGGCAAGUCCAGCAUGAUCCAGCGCUACUGCAAGGGAAUCUUCACCAAGGAUUAUAAAAAGACCAUCGGAGUGGACUUUCUCGAGCGGCAGAUUCGAGUUAACGAUGAGGACGUCAGGCUGAUGCUGUGGGACACUGCGGGCCAGGAGGAGUUUGAUGCAAUCACAAAGGCUUAUUACAGAGGGGCGCAGGCCUGUGUGCUGGUCUUUUCUACCACCGACAGAGAGUCCUUUGAAGCCAUUUCCAGUUGGAGAGAGAAGGUGGAGGCCGAAGUGGGAGACAUCCCCACCGUCCUCGUGCAGAAUAAAAUCGAUCUCCUGGACGACUCUGUAAUCAAGAAUGAGGAGGCUGAGGGACUAGCAAAGAAGCUGAAGCUGAGAUUCUAUCGUACUUCAGUGAAAGAAGAUCUCAAUGUCAAUGAAGUAUUCAAGUAUCUUGCGGACAAAUACCUUCAGAGGAUUAAGCAACAGACGGCAGAGGAGCCAGAAGUGGUGCACACAGCCAGCAAUAAAAUCGGGGUUUUCAACACGGCCGGCGGGAGCCACUCUGGCCACAACUCCAGCACUCUCAACGGCCGGGAAGUCAUCAGCCUCCGACCCAACAAGCAGAGGACCAAGAAGAUCAAGAGCCCCUUCAGCGGCUGCCGCCUGCUCUAGGCCCGUGCCAGGCCCGUGCCAGGCCCGGACAGGGUCUCCCUCCUGCGCUCGGAGGGCAGUCUUCGCCGAUUGUGGACUGAGUGACUUUGUUGUGGAUCGUUCUGAUGCAAGACUGCCCUCAUCUAAAUUUCAAAUGCCUUUCUGUGCCCCCUGAGGCUGUGCCUUGUAGGUCAGCCAAAAUCGGCCGUAACUUACUGCACCACGUUGGAAUGUGUAUUUUUAUAGAUUUGAGAUGUUAAGCAUUCCAUAAUUGAUUAUGAUGAAAUUAUUGAUUUCAAACAGUAUAGGAUAUCUAGACAACACAACACAGUGAAGGCUUGACUGACGUGACUCUUUCUGAUGGUUAAAUACUCACAGGCCUACGUCUUUGUACACAUAUGUGGUUUCAACAAAUGUCCACUUGUGCAUAUUACUGUCCAUCUGUGCAAUAUGUUUGUACUGAUUGAAAUAUACAGACUGUUUGAUACUAAUGUUUUUUUUUUCCUUGAACCUUAUUGAACAUUCUUUGUUAUAUCAUGGAUGUACCAAGUUGGAACCAUGAUGUUCCAAAACUCUUCUUAAGGAUAUUUUUAUAGAAAUUGACAGUGCUUCUUGAAUGUAGGCUGAAACCAGAAAGCUAACUUUAGAAACAAAAUAGUGCCAAAUCAUUUUGAUAUGUAUUUGCCUUCCUAUAGUUUUGACUGUAGCUGACACGCUCUUGGGCAGUGCUGCAAAGAGAAGGUUUCUGUGCUUGUUUCCAUUGUACUCAUAUAUUAUCAUUUCUCCUAUUCUGCAUUUCUAAACAAGUUUAUUUUUGAGAACAUUUAAUGUUUGCCUUAUGAAUUUUAAAGAGUUUUUUUUACAAGUUGUCAGAACACAUCUUAAGCUAAUAAAAAGAAGCAUUCUUUUCUUUGAAUUCAUAAAUAUAUGGCUACAGGAAAGUAACAAAUGUAGCAUAUCCUUCAGACUUCAUGUGGACUAUACUGUUAUCUUUUUAAUUCUGUAAGAUUUUUAGACUGUCCAUUAAGUUUAAUUUCUGUUCAAUAUUAAGUUAGCAGGAUACUGUAAAUCCCAAAGUUAGACCUGUUGUACUCCUGCCAGCAGCGAGACUUUUCAAAGGCUUCACACAUACCCUUGAUUUCUUCAAGGUAUUGGAAUUAAAAUUCAAUGUUUACAUAUUGGAUUUUGUAAUGUUCAGUCAUUGGUCACAUCAGUGCUAUCAGUUUUUGUUUGUAUUGGUAAAGGUACAUUUGGAUUUUUUGAGGUGCAGUUACCAAAAAAGGGUACUGAAAGCUGAACUAACGGAGCAAUGUCUCAGUGUAAUCCAUGCUCCUCUGCAUAUUGUGACUCUACAUCAUUAAAAAAUUGAGUUUCAAAUUAA